AUGCGCCCCACGGAGCCCUGGAGCCCCAGCCCGGGGACUGCGUCCUGGGACUACUCGGGCUCCGGCGCCCUGGAGGAGCUGGAGCUGUGCCCGUCGGGAGACCUGCCCUACGCCUACGCCUAUGUGCCCGCGCUGUACCUGGCGGCCUUCGCCGUGGGCCUGCCGGGCAACGCCUUCGUGCUCUGGCUGCUGGCCGGGCGGCGCGGGCCGCGGCGGCUCGUGGACACCUUCGUGCGGCACCUGGCGGCCGCCGACCUAGGCCUGGUGCUCACGCUGCCUCUGUGGGCCGUGGCGGCGGCGCGCGGCGGCCGCUGGCCCUUUGGCGAGGGUCUCUGCAAGCUCAGCAGCUUCGCGCUGGCCGGCACGCGCUGCGCCGGCGCCCUGCUGCUGCUGCCCUCGCUGGCCUCGCGGGGGCUGCAGCCCCUGCCCGGCGGCCGCGGCAGCCAGUGCGGCGAGGAACCCUCGGACGCCGUGCAGGGCCUGGGCCUGCUGCUGCUGCUGCUCACCUGCGCGCUGCCCCUGGCCGUCAGCCUCCUGUGCUACUGCCGCGUGUCGUGCCGCCUGCGCCGCCCGCCCGCCCUGGGCCGGGCCCGCGGGCGCUCGCUGCGCAUCAUCUUCGCCGUGGAGGGCGCCUUUGUGGGCUCCUGGCUGCCCUUCGGCGCGCUGCGGGCCGUCUUCCACCUGGCGCGUCUCGGGGCGCUGCCGCUGCGCUGCCGCCUGCUGCUGGCGCUGCGCUGGGGCCUCACCCUCGCCACCUGCCUGGCCUUCGUCAACAGCUGCGCCAACCCGCUCAUCUACCUGCUGCUGGACCGCGCCUUCCGCGCCCGCGCGCGGCUCUGGGCCUGCGGGCGCGCCGACCGCCUGGCGCGCGCGGUCAGCUCGGCGUCCUCGCUGUCCAGGGACGACGGCCCCGCGUUCUGGAGCUCCAGCAGCGGUGGGGGGCGAGCCCGCACGGCGAGCCGGGCUGCGGCCGCCUUGUAG